ACGAGUGAAUCAAGAGUCGAAGACUCCGGGCGGCUGAGUCAACGGAGACCAGCGUCGAAUUCGAGUCCAACGCCAUUUGCUGGUUGCGCCAUAGCCCCCGAUCCGCUAUCUUAUCUCCUCGUAAUCUCCGCGAAGAGAGUAUUGGGCGCUGCAGUUUAGACCCCGCGCCGAACCACUCUGUAACCAGCAGCUGGCCAAGGAACCAAGGCAUCAACAGCGACAUUGACGACCUUGCUCGAAAGCAAGAAAGUGUGGGAAGGGGGGGAAAGAACCAGGUAGAAUCAAAACAGACGAAGCCCAGUCGAUGACUCAAUUAGAAUUCACUUUUACUUUGAUGAUUUAGCAGAUAGCAUAGCCCAUACCCCACUCUCUCCUCGCUUUCCGUUCUGAGAGCGCUGCAGAGAGACAGAGAGAGCCAAAUAGAGUACUCGAGCGAGAGAGCAGCGAUAUCUAAUCAAAACAAAUAAUGCCAACGUCCCAUGUCGGGGCUUGAUUCAUUAAUUUAGUUCCAUUUCCCGAAGAAAGCGGUCUGUCGCGCUCGAAACAUUAGUCGUAAUGAGAAUAUAGAAAAGCGAAAUUAAUACGAAAAGUGCCUUUUUAAGAACAGAUCCAUCAAAAAACAGAUUCUGCUCUGAUCCGAGAUUCGAAUACGAUAUAAAAACUGCAGGAAAACCGAAACAAAUACAACGAUGAAGCACAAAUUUCUGCUGCUGCUUCUCACUGUGACAGCGAUGCUCCUAGCAUUCGCGCAAGGCCAGCACGAGGACAUUCCCUACCAGGCAGUGACGAACAUCUGCCAUACAUGCGUGUGCCUGAGCACCCAGGACAGCAAUCAUCGCAUCCACCAGACCCUCAAUUGCGACAUGAAAAACUUUGAGCACAUUCUGCCCCGAUGGCCCACCGAGUUUGGCACCCAGUCCACGGGCACAGAGAUUGUGGCCACGUACUCGGGCAACCGCAUCCGUCUGCUGCAGCAGCUGCCGGCUACGAAUGCGACCUUGACACUGUCCUGUCGCCACUGCGGCUUGCAGCAGCUGCAGGCGCCGCUCUUCAUGGAUGUGCCCAAUGUGGAGGCGCUCUAUCUGAGCUGGAACGAGAUCGCCGAGGACGCGCUGACGCCAGAGCUAUUUCGGGGUCCCUUCAAGACCACCAAGUACGAGCCGAUUGGGCUCAAGGACCUGGAUCUAAGCCACAACCGCAUCGCUCUGCUGUAUCGCAAACUCUUCGAGCACACCCCGCAGCUGAUCAAGCUAAACUUGGCCUACAAUCUACUAAGCGAACUGGACGAUGCCACCGCCUCAGCCCUGGCCUCGGUGACGACGCUGCAGCGCCUCGAUCUGUCCCACAACGGACUGGCGAGUCUGCCCAGCGAGCUCUUCUCCAAGCUAAGCAGCCUCCGCAUUCUGGAUUUGUCUGGCAACGAGUUCACCGUGGUUCCGCCCAGCAUCCAGCAGCUGGGCAAGUCACUGGUGCAACUGAAUCUGGCGGGUAAUCAGUUCAACGACUUAAAUGCGCUGAGUUUCCAGAAGUUGGAGGCACUGCGUCGGCUUAACAUAAGCGAUCUGCCUGCCUUGAGCACCAUUCACCGGGGCGCUUUGGCUCUGCCGGCACUGGAGCAGCUAGAGUGCUCCAGAAAUCCCAAGCUGGAGCUCCUGGAGCUGAACGAUUUGCUGGUCAGCCGCGGGCUGUCGCAACUGGACAUCUCCCACAACGCACUGAGCACGCUCACCCUUAACGUGAGCAGCAGUAACAGUAGCGCGGUAGCUUGGCCCCGGCUCCGCAGUGUGUCCAUUGCGGGCAAUCCCUGGUACUGCAGCUGCGACCUGCUCCAGGCCCUCGAGUUGGUCGACGUGCAGCGCGCCGAGCAGUCUGGCGGCGCAGCGGAGGCCCGUUGCGAUACGCCCUAUUUGCUGGCUGGAACUCCGCUCUCUAACCUGACGUCACAGAAGAUCUGUAGUAUGGUUAUCCCGAAGAAGUAUCGCGCCGUGGACGAGGAGCCACCGCGCUUCCUGCGACGCCGCUACAUCGUUCUUACGGCCAUCAUUGCAAGCGUGGUGGUGGUCCUCGGCCUGCUUAUCGGAUUCGUCGUGGUCUGCGUGCGACGCCGUCUCAAGGGCAAUGACUACGGCGUCCAGCCCAUCCGCUACACCAGCGUGAGGGGCAGCAACCUGUCCGCCUUCUCGCAGCUGCAGCCCGCUUCGGUGGCCAGCAAGUUCAACAAUGCCGCCAGUGCGGGCACCACAGGUGCAGCCAAUGCCUGAGCCCAGUCCCGGAUAGGAUCAGGAUCAGGUUGAUCGCACCCGCGUUAGCUGCACGAAUUUCGAGCCAAAGAUGUCCACGAAAGUGUUUCUGCCACUUAAGCCCCUACCUAAACCGAAAAGACUUUGUGUGCUAUCGUGCUAUCCUGUACAUAUGUAUGUAGUCCCCCAGUGGAGCUGUUCCCAGCUCCCACCACCACCCCUAUAGUUUCUAGUGCUGCCAUUGAUGUAUGUAUUGUACUUAAGUUUCGAAAACUAGCGUUAAAUAAACCAUUUUCAAAUAAAA